AUGAACAGGUUUGGCAAAGGACGCAAGAGGCCGGAGGCCGAAGAGGGAGACGCCUCCUUUGCCGCUGUUGCUGCAGCCUACAAGCGGGCGAAGGCCGGCGCUGGGUGGGUACGAAGGCGAGCAGUCUCGGUGAGCCGAAGAAGCUCCGUGUGGCCCAGCAUGGCCGCCGCCGCCGCCGCUGCGUGAAGCUGUUUAUGCGGCGGGAGAGGCGCCGCGUUAGUUUCUUGCAGCCGGAAAAGCCCGGUAGUAGCAACGACCUUCCAGAAAAAGACAGCGAUGUUUUGUAUAACAUCCAUAUGUCAUAGAUUGCUUCCACAAAGAAUCCUGGGAGUUGUAGUUUCACUCAACCCAACAGUUACAGUUCCCAGCACGCUUACACCAAGCGACGUUUGGGGGUGGGCAGGGAGGCACGAGCUUUAGAUGUCCGAUGGGAUGUGCCUUAGAUCGUGUGUGGUGUGGAUCUGCAGGGGGCUGUCCCCGGGAUUUUCGAUCUGUUUUUAUUUGAAACAAAUAAAAAUGAAAAGAGGAGCUCUCUCUCUCGCAGAAUUCGUGGUGGAUUGUGAGUUAUAAUAAUUAUUAUUUAUACCCCGCCCAUCUGGCUGGGUUUCCCCAGCCACUCUGGGCGGCUUCCAACCGAAUUAAAAACUUCCCUAAACAGGGCCGCCUUCCUGACAAGGGAGGGGAAGCGACUUCAGGAAAAAGGGUCACUUGGAUCCGAAGGCGAGGGUGGCCACCUCAUAACGUUUCUUAACGUGUAAGAUUUAUAUGCUGUGUUUCUUUAAAAAAAGAAGGUAAGCCAGGUUACUCUUGUUUCUUUUCUUUUUUAAAAAAAGCACACGUCCUGUGUUUUGAAACCAAAACUGGAACCUUAGUGAAAUGUGUUUGGGCGCACAGUACUGCCUUUACCCUGCCCCGCAAUUAAAAUAAAAUAAAAUGGCUCACUAUAUAUACAGUAUACUCUAUACUGUGUAUAGAGAGAGAGAGAGAGAGAGAGAGAGAGAGAGAGAGAGAGAGAAUGUAUUAAAAACAGCUUCCAAAAACAUGCACUGUCUGUCUUGGUGCUUCCCCACCCCCUUAGUUGCCACUGCAGCUUUAAAAGUGUGAGCAAGUGUGGUGUAAAGGUUAGAGUGUCAAGACUAGGGCAUGGGUCAAAUCCCCUCUCAGCCAUAAAGCUCCCUGGGUGAUCUUGGGGCGCUCGCUCAACCUAACCUGCCUUACAGGAUUGUUGCAGGGAUUAAAUGAGGAGUAGGUGAACUAUGUGAACUAAGAUGGAAUAUUAAAUAAGUUUUAGGGGCUUUGGGUUAUUUUAUUAAUUGCACGUCUUUCCCAUUUUUACCCUAAGGUACUUAAGGUAUGCAUGUGUUUCUACCUGGUCUCUCUCUCUCUCUCUCUCUCUCACACACACACACACACACACACACACACACAAAAGCCCAAAGCACCCCCCCUAUUUUGUUAGCUGCUGCUUUCCCCACUCCUUUUUACCACAUGAAGAUUAAUCACUUGCUCUUAUAAAUUGCCUUUGGAGUUUUAGAUAGUAGGUAAAUUGAGCCCUAUGAAAAUAUUCACUGAUGCAACAACCAAAUCCAAAUUAUGAAUAUUACUUUCCAAUUUUGAGGCUUGCAGCUAUUUAUGUUCACCCACUCCCCUCUUCUCUCUCCCACUGUUUUUGUAGAAUGGUCAAUUUUUGCCCGCAGUGUGGACAGAGGGGUGAGGCAUCCUUUAACUUUUGUGCCUCCUGCGGUGCCAGACUUCCUGCAGAAGAAGAAGCCAUGCAGAUCACUCCAACUUCUUCAGUGAAAGGUAGGAAUGUUUAGUCAAAUGUGGCAGCUGACAAACAUUACCUAUCUGAUGACCCAGCUGAAAGUCCUUUGAGGCUAAACCUGACUUAUUUUUCCUAUUUAACAUGAAGCACAUUUAUUAGCAAGGGAGAAUGGAUGGCACAAAAAGGAGAUGUAAAACCAUAGUGAGUGAUGUUUAAAUCUAAGAUACUGAUCUCCAUAUUAUGCCUGAUUUUGUUAGGAAUUCACUGCCUGCCAAUCCACCCCCUCACCCAACAGCUGUCAAGUGGAAAUAGUUGCAGGGAAGUUAGUUAUAAGGAUGACAUUUUGUCACCCAGUAAUGAACAUGGGUCCUUGUUUGCUUUGGAGAGAUGAAGGUUAAGAGCCAGAACCAUUCAGGGAUUGUAGACAGGAAUGGUAAACAGGGCCCAGCACCAGCUUUUGGAGCCUUCCCUCACCUUUCAGAUUUUGCUUAUUUAAGGGCAGCUGGGCCAGUGAUGGCGGCGCUAAGCAGAUCUUUGCUCAGUACCACUGCCAGGCUGCCUUCCCUGCCCUGCCACCCAUGCCCCUUUCUCAAGCAGGUAGUUUGUCUCCUGUGUGGUAGCUCAGCAACAAUGCCAGGGGGAGCUCCAAUCUGUGUGCUUGAACUUGCGUUCAUAAUAUACACACAUCAGAAGUGGAGGCAGUGUAACUAAGAUGAUGGGGUCAGCGAGUGUGGGUUUGUGACCUAAAGAUUUGGUUGUUGCUGCUGCCAAGCCAUCCCACAGUUCCCACAGGCUGCCUCCAUGGGGUGACAGGAGACCAGCUGGCUUACUAUAGCAGCAGUGAGGCAGUAUAUUCCUGGGUAUGCCAUACUGCCCAAAUAUUGUAAAAAGACAUUUAGCCAAAUUUCUAUACCCCUUAAUUGUAAAAAAAGAAAAAAAGACCACUUAGUGGUUUAUAAAGAUUUUUUAAAAAUUGAAGUUCUUAAUAUAAAGUUAAAAACUGUAUUUAAAAGCAUUCCAAAAGUUAUUAAAAUCAGUGGUAAGCUAAAAUGUGAUUAAAACACAUGCCACCUUUUACAUGUCUUGAUAGGGAUGCCUAAACAAAAAUGUUUUAAGCAGGUGCCAAAGAGAGUACAAACUUGUAGGGUUGCUAUAUGUCCUCUUUUCCCAGGACACAUCCUCUUUUUCAUGGGAAUGUACAAUGAGAGUCCAGGGACAUCACAAGGGGGGUGCAGGGGGUUUGGUGCAUCCCGGGUGUCAUGCCUGGGGGGGGGGGUAACAAAAUCCGCCCCAUGCAGAUUGGUGUGGCGUACCCCUGGUGGGUGGAUUUUCGUGAUUGACGCAAUCGUCGUCAUGAAAAUCAGCCGACUGAUCGCCGUCCGCCGAUCACACAAAUCCAGCCGCCGAUCAUGCAAAUCCACCUGAUGGCUGGGUGGAUUUGCGUGAUCAGCAGGUGGAUUUUCACAACAAUGAUUGCGCCAAUCACGAAACUCCACCUGCUGGGGGGUGCGAAUACCACUCACCGGGGGGGGGGGUCAGCCUGGGAGGCUCCCGUCGGGCAGAUGUGACCUCUAAUUUGCUCUUCAAAAUAUGGCAUCCCUAGAGUGGGUGCCUGUCUGAUGUCAAUAGGCAGGGAGUUCCAAAACAGAGAAGGUGUCAUACUAAAAGAUCUAUUUCAUACAAGUGUGGAACGUGUAUUAUGUGGUACCUGUAACAGUAUUUAUGAAAUCUAUUUAUAAAAAAUAUUUAUAUACCAGUUACAGGUAGGUAGCCAUGUUGGUCUGCCGUAGUCAAAACAAAACAACAACAAAAAUUCCUUAGAGACCAACUAAGAUAGUUAUUGGUAUGUAAAAAAUAUAAAAAAUAAAAAAAUAAAAAAGAUAGUUAUUGGUAUGAGCUUUUGUAUCUGAAGAAGAGUGCAUGCACAUGAAAGCUCAUACCAAUAACUAACUUAGUUGGUCUCUAAGGUGCUACUGGAAGGAAUUUUUUUAUUUAUAUACCACUGUAUCAUAAAAAUAUAUCACAUCUGUUUACAGCAAUAUAAAAACAUUGAACCAGACAGUACCAGUUCUGCAGAUUGAAGCAAGGAAUAGGAACACCUUGAAUUUGGCCUGGUAACAAAUAAGCAACCAGUGCAGAUCUAUGAGUAGAGGCAGUUGGCCUGCCUGUAAACACCUUUGUUGUUCUGACAGUGCUACCUUUUAUCAGGGCUAAACCAAGAAGACCAAGAUCAGCUGCCGAGGUCUCCUGCAAAGAAAAAGGCAGAAAUAUUGCCAGACAAAGGAAACGCUGCUUCUGCAGUUAAAUGGAGCUGGUCACCUUCUGUAUCACCUACUAAAUCACCAAAGGCAAAAGGUGAGGAUUUUAGCUCUGCAUAUGGUUGUAUUUGGUGAUGAUUCCAGGCGGGUGGGUGGUUGGCUGUCUGGCUGGCUGGCUUUGAAUUUUUGCACAAACUCCUGUUGUGUUUCUCUUUCUGUAUUUUCUUGUUUAAAACCCAUUGCUAUCGCAGUGCUAACCAUUUUCAUGAAAUUUGCCCCCAAAACUAGUUUUCCUCGUUUACACAUCCCAAUACUGAGGGCAAGGGGAGCAAUAUUGGGGGCAGAGUGAGUCCCCACUCUGAAUUCCUAGCACAGUGGGUGACAAAUCUAAGUAAGAAUUACUUGUGUCUCUCUUGUAAAGCAAAGCCCAGCUACCGAUCUCCCAGGAAGGGCAGGAGUGCCACUGUGAGACCUCUCCCAGAGGGUGAGAUCCUAACAGACCUGAACAACAAGCAAUGGAAGCUUGGGAAACUUCUGAGCGAGGGUGACUAUGGACUGAUGUAUGAAGGUACAAGAUGUGCUUGCAUGGUAUUACAUUCUGGAGAGAAUGCAACCACCUUUUCUGUGUCCCACUUUAUUAAGGAAAAUCUGCCCUUAAGGUGUUUUUUAAAAGGGCUAUAUCUGCUCCUAUAGAUAUAUCAAAUCAAAUCAACAGGCAGCAAGAACAAAAAAAAAAAAAUGAGUGGCAGAAAAAACAGCAAAAAUAAAACACUGACUAAAAGCUGAGCUGCUGACACUGCUAUCUCUGAUCUAUGCUAACCAUUUCCUAGAAUCCUUUGCUGUGAUUGCAGUGGACAUACAAAGGUUGUGUCCGAAGGUUGCAGUGUUGGCUUUGUUGUCCAGAUCUGCUCCUUGCUCAGCGUAUUUAAGUACUCUGAUACCUAUUGUUUCCGAGGUGGUACUGUAUCAAUAUAACAAGAGUGAAAUAAAGUUAACCUACUUCAUAUAGUAGGUGCAGAUCUCCUGGGUUACCUAUUAACCUUAAUUUAUUCCAUCCUUUCACAGCAGUGUGUGCAUCCGAAGCUUGCCGUUCCCAGCGGAAAUACUCCCUCAAACUUGUGAGUUCAUCUCUCUGUGUUAGGUGUAUCCUAGAUCGUUCUAUGUGCUGGAACUGGGAUCUGAGCUUGGCAAGAUGUAGGUCAAAGGUACAACAAGGCAAACACAGCAGGAGGACUUGGAGCUUGUCUCUUCCAAAUAGUUCCAAUAAUCAGUGACACAAAGAAGGACUUGAAGUAUGAAAUCACACAUAGAGGAAGCAGGUCAGAGCACCCAGACUCUCUUGUGCUUUACAAGAAGAGUUCACAGGCUUUUCUCAAGAACAGGACUAAUAAAAGGCAAGGUACAGAGAGAGGCUGCUAAGCCUAGAAUGGCAAUAGAAGUAGGAUACUGGGUGCUAGGUGAUGCCCAACAUUGGUCAUGCUCAAACUAGAGCCAUUGAAAUUAAUGAGUAGAUUGGUUUCAAUGUGUCUUCUCUGAGUUUUGCUAACAUUGGCUAUCUCCCGAUGGUUGAACUGGUAGGAGCUGUGUGUAAGGCAUAGUAGCUUCAUUCUGUGACCAUCAAGGGUGUCUCCCCAUGGCCCUCUGUGAUUUCAAAAUACCCACCAGAGCCUUAACAUUUUUGUAUUUUCCUAUCUAUAAGGAUUGACAACUUUCUUUUAAAAAUAAAUAAAUCACCACUCAUACACAAAAGAAAAACACACAUGGUUGUAUCCAAGUUCUCCUCUGACUGGAUCAAUGAAAUUGAUGGGCUAUGUCUAUAGAUUUCAGUGUGUCUACUCUCAGUAGGACUAGCAUUGAAUACAACACAAAUUCUAUUCCUAAUGCUUGUCACAUGUGGGUUGUAUUAUUCUAACUGCACUGGUCAUUGGCUGUGGUUCAUUGGGAUGACAUUCCUGGUGGUAUUCUGGUCUAACUUACUACAUCUGCUCCUCUCUGAUUUCUCUCAUUUGUAAAGUGGAAGUGGAAUUCUUUACUUGCCUUUGUGAAGUCUAUUGAGAGUUAGAGAAGCUAUGUAAAGAGAAUUGCUUUAACAUGAUAAUUAAAGCGCAGGGUGGGGAGGUGCAGUGAGGCAAUAAAAAGAAUAUCUGUGCCAGUUUCUCUCCCUUCUCAGGAUUGCAAAGAUGGACGGCUCUUCAAUGAACAGAACUUUAUGCAGCGAGCUGCUAAGAAGGCCACAGGUAGGAAUUGAUGAGUCAUUAAAGUGACUAUAUGUUUAAAGCAGUAUAGUACCACUUUAAGUAGUCAUGGCUUUCCACAAAGAGUCUGGGGAACUGUAGUUUUUUUUUAAGGUUGCUGAAAGUUAUUAGGAGACCCCUAUUCCCCUCACAAAGCUACAAUUCCCAGAGUGGUUUUACAGCCAGUCCUUCUCCCCAGGGAGCUGGGAAUUGCAGCUCUCUAAGAGGAAAAGGGGCCUCAUAACAGUUCUCAACACCCUUAACAAACUUUGGUGGAAGCCAUGACAGUUUAAAGUGGCAUGACACUGGUAUUACUUUAAACUUAUAGUGCAGAUGGAGACUGUGUCUCAGGAGAGGGACACAGCGUUCAUCAGUGAGUUCUUGGGGUCUGUCUGUUGUUGUUUUUAUAAAAAGUAAAGGUAAAGGACCCCUGGAUGGUUAAGUCCAGUCAAAUUUGACUAUGUCUCUGUUUUGCCUUUAUGUAAGCCUUGUGAAGAAGUGAUGCCUUUUCCCAAGGCAUUUGAGGAGGACCCAUGGAGCUCUGGCUAGAUGAAGAGGUGGUGGUCAGCCCUAGUAUUAGGAGUCAGCUUGUAGUCAGCCCUAGUAUUAGGAGUGGUGGUCCUGAGGGAUGGAGAUGAACCCCCUCCCAAAAAAAAGACGUGAUGUUUUAUUACAAAAAUUCCCUAAUCUUCUUGUUACUGUCUUUCUCUCUUGUUCUCCCUCUGCUAUUAUUAAGGCUUAGUAGGCUGAUUCUAGAAACUAGUCAGGGCUUUUUUUCAGCCUGAAUUUUCUGAAACUCAGUUCCUGCACCUCUCAGGGGAGGGCUAUUGCCAUUAUGAGAGAACAAGGGAGGUGUUCGUGGUGAGUUCUGCCUCUUUUUCUAGAAAAAUAGCACUGGAACUAGCUGUGUCUUGAGAUGGGGAAGGGCACUCUCCCCCACACUGUGCAUAACACAAUCCUGAUUAACAUAGUCCUGACCUCUGGAGUGAAUGGAAGGAGGCAACAUGGACAAGGAAAUCACUUAACAGAAGUAAGACCAAUGUUCUCUCUGUCUCUCUUUGUAGUGGAGAAGUGGAAGAAACAGCAUUCAGUACCAUUGCUGGGGAUCCCUAAUUGCGUUGGAUUUGGCCUCCACAAUAGUAACUACAGGUUAGGAAGCUUUGCCAUGGGAACUCCUGUGAGCCAUCCUUCCCCCUACUGCCCAAAUCCUUCGUCUGCGCUAUGCUAUCUCAUCGUACUUUCACCAUCAAUGUUGCUGUUUUCUCACAAUCCCUUUGGCUCUCUUUUGUACUGUUGCUGAACCCAUUUUCUUUAUUCAAUUGCUAUUCUAUUUUCCCAGAAGAGCAAAUUAGACAUUGAUUUUAUUAUUUUAACCGUUGCUCCGGAGCCUCUUUUUUGUGCUUUUGACUUUCUUUGUCAGUCUACCUCCUGCUUUGAAUUCUUCUACUUAAGAUUUCUGGUAGUAUUGCAUUUUGAAUAUGCUAGCUUAGGGAGUGUGGUCGUGGCCAUAGUGCUGCAGUAAGGUGAGCUGAAAGAAAUUGAAUUCCUCCCAUUACAGAUCCUGAUUACAGAUCCACAAUAGUGGAUGCAAACCUCAAACAAAUAGCACGGUUCACAUGCUGCGGUGUUAUCUCUUUUGACUGGCAGGUUCAUGGUCUUCUCUUAUCUGGGCCGCUCCCUUCAGUCCAUCCUGGAUGACUGUGCAAACAAGAUGACGGAGAAAGCAGCCUUGCAGCUUGCAGUCAGACUGGUAUGAAACGCCCAAAAGGAGAAUGGAUGAAAAGGAAUCUUCUCAAAAAGUCUCUUUGUAAAACGGAGGCUUUUUUUGCCACUGCAGGCCAGCUUUGGGCCCAGGGAAUUAUGGGUGAUUGCCAUGCUUCAACAAGAAUAACCUGGAGAGUAGUUUCAUUCCUUUCAUCCUUGAUCAAAGCUAUGCUUUAAAGUAGAAAUAAUGCAAUGCUGCUGUAUUUAAAUCUGACAGUUGUGCCCCCUCCCCCAUUCUUGUAAAGUGGCCUUGCAAGGGUGAGAUUUGCAUCAGAAGUGGCGCAGCAGAUGAUGCUUAACCCUUUCCCACCCAAUUCAUUUACCCCUCAUACUUUCUUCCCUACCAAGUGCCCUGCAGAGUUCUAAGCCAGUGUUUCUAAGAUGAGAAAAGUUCUGGAAACUGAUGAGGGGAGCUGCAAACAACUGGAUGACAGGAAAAGAAUCUUGCACAACAGCCCACCCUUCUCCUUUAGAGGAGGAAGGUUUUACUUCUCCCUCUUGGUCUGGUAGAUGGAACCAUUAAUAUUAGCCUCCUCCUCCCUGCCACACACCCAGCAGCAGAAUGGAGAGAGAGUCCCCACCCAUUUUCCGGUUCUGCCUCCUCAUCCACUACCCACAAGCCCCUUUUUCUGCUUUGCUCCUCUCCCAUCUGUACCUGGGCAGGGUUGAGCUUUGGAUUGUAUAGCCAACACCAUGUUCCUCCUUCAAAGAUUCGGGUUAUUCUCAAAUGUUUCUCCCUUCUCCUCAGAGAAGGAGGGCUUUGAAGCCAAGGGCCUACUUCAGGAGCUUGACUCCUAGGUCAAGCAAGAUGGGAGGAAGCAGACCUUAUGAAGCAAAGGCUGCUGCUCUGUGAGAGUAGCUGCCACCUGCAGUUGUGGAGAGAAGGAACCAGAAGAUACAGUGACUCUGCCAGGCAGAGUGUUAAAUCUGGUAAACACUAAUCGAAAUAAAUCCCUUCCUGAAGGUGUUUUGCAGGGGAGAAGCCUCUGUGAGUUUAAUGUUGCAUGUGGCUGUGUUGUCACAUUUAAGCUUGGUCCUCAGAACUGCAAAUUAGCAUGACUAGAGUGCAGUGCUGUGCAGGAUCUUUCCCAGGUUGUUUGCACAGUAGGGUUUGGGUAAUUAUCUCCAAUCCUUACAGAGCUGCACUUCGCACUAUGUGGCCUGAUCAGCUCUGUGCCUAUGGAUUUUAGGAAUACAGUCCUCUAUGAACAGACAUAGAGUGGCUUAAGCUAUGUGAAUGUUUCGGCUGUGCUUUUCCAGAGGCUAUAUGUCAAACAUCCAUGCGCCAUCACCAGCAGAAAAUACUCUGGUUAGGAGUAAGUCUGAGAAAUGCAGGCAUUCCAAGGGUGUCAUUUUUCCUCUGCCUUCAAUUUUGUCUUUAGGUGGAUGUUCUGGAGUUCCUCCAUGAGAAUGAGUAUACCCAUGGGGACAUCAAUGCUCAGCACAUAUAUGUGAAUCCAGCUGACCUUGCUGCGGUAAGGAAUGGAGCAGGGACAGACAAGGAAUGUGUCCUUGCUGAAGGGUGUUUCUGUAGGAUAGGAGAACAUAAUUUUUGUUCUACAGAGCUCCCCCAAGUAUAGACAUAAGAGACUCUCUUCCAUCUCUACCGCUAAGAAUAGCCAGUCCAAAAAGUUCCUUCCUUUUCCUCUCAUCUUGCCUGCAAACCCUACACUAUUGCUCAUUCUAGGUUGUGUGAGAGAAGCAUGUACUUUCCUUUUACAUUCUUACUGCAUAGCAUGGAAGGAGCAGUGAUUCUUAGGGAGCAGUGAUUCUUAUGACUGCACCUUCUGGCUCCAUUUAUUCUGACCUUGGUGCCUUCCUGGCUGUUGCUUAAGGGCACAAGGCAAUUGCAAAUGUUGCUGAGUAGCAGAUACUAAGGGGUGCUUUGCAAGGCCAGGCUGGUAGAUCUUUGUCUUUUUGCUGUUGGGUCACUCUCUCCUCCUCCUCCUCUUCUUCCCCCAGAUCACCCUGGCAGAUUACUGCUUUGCUUUCCGGUACAGCCCUGGGGGGAAGCAUGUACAUGAAUGCGAAGGCAGCAGGACACCCCACGAGGGCACCAUAGAGUUCAUCAGCAUUGAUAGCCACAAAGGAGCCGGUGGGUGAUAAUGUUGCACUGUAGAAACAGACUGGGUGGGCAGUAUAAGCCAUUGUUUUGAUUCAGUCUGUGGUCUUUUCUCCUGUGCCCUUGAUCAUACUUCUCCAGGAGCUGGCUCUUCUCUGACUAACUUGUUGGUCCCUUGCACAAAAGAAGUGCUUCCUUAUUCCUGUGGAAUAAGGCUCUCCAGUUUGCCUGGCCUUCAGCUUCUUCUCUUCUUAACAAGCUUUGAGAUGACCUGUUUAUUGAGCACUCAUCUUGCUUCAUUUACUUUGCUUAUGGAGAGGGUUCAGCAACACUGGCUUUUUAUUGAACUUUCAUUCUGAUUUGUUUGCGGGAAGGUUAGACAAUGUUGCAUCAAGUGUUAUUCCACACUUUCCAGUGCAUUUUCCUGUCACUUUCCUUAUCACAAAAUGCCCAGGUUUUUUGGGGGGGGAAUGGGGUUGUUACACAUGGCCUCCAAAUAAGCUUUAACUGCACAGCAACAAUCCAAAAGUGGCAUUAACUUGUUGUGCACUUGAAGAGGUCACUGUAUCUCCAUGCUUUUGUGCUGCCUCUAGGCCAACCUUCCCCAGCCUGGUACCCUCCAGAUGUUUUGGACUUCACUUCCCAUUAGCCCCAACCAGAAUGGCUCAUGGUCAGGAAUGGUGCAAGUUGUAGCACAGAAGUAUUUGGAAGGCAACAUAUUGGGAGAGGCUGCUCUUGGCAGUCAAGAUCUUACUUUUCCCCAUGUCUACAUGCUCUCAGUGAUUAAUCACUAAGGACUAAUUCUAGUUGGCUGGGUUGCAGGCUAGCAUAUUUAAUUUUUGAGGCUAUUUCGUUUUUGGUGCAUGAGGAAAAAGGAAAUGUUGAAGUUGGCUUUAUGUUCUAACAGCAAGAGGCAGCUCAUGUAUUUUUAAAACUUUGACUUUUCUUGCACUUCAGUCACAUCCACACCAUACAUUAAACCAUAUUUAAAGCACAUAGCUUCCUCCGCAUAAUCCUGGGAACAGUAGUUUAUCCCUUGCAUAGCUACAAUUCCCAACACCCUUAAGAAACUGCAGUUCCUAUGAUUAUUUUGGGGAAGAAAUGUGCUUUGGUGUGGGUGUGAUUUUCCAACUUCCUAUUGCAAAAAGAAUUCUAUAUUUAGGUAACAUGCAAAUAAAUGUCGUCAUUCAGUUGCUUGAUUGGUAUUUUUCACAGAGCAAAGGAGAUGCAGAGAGAUCAUCUUAGUUACAGCCUGUCUUUUGGAGGUGUUGUAAGAUUUUAUUAAUUGCCUGGAGACCUUAAGGCAAGUAAAACCCUAAAAUAAAUAGUGGAAAAUUGAAGCACAUGCUAAGGCAGUGAUUUACCCAAGAUGUGACUGCAGGCCAUGUGAGCCACUGUGAUUAUAAGGCUGUACCCCAAUUUCUGUACUGUACUGUUGAUGUUCCAUACUUGGAUAUGCUUUCUUUUUCUAUCCUGUUAGCUCCAUCUCGUCGUAGUGAUCUUGAGUCUCUGGGUUACUGUCUAGUGAAGUGGCUGUGCAGAUGUCUUCCCUGGUCUGAGGACCUUGACUGUCCCUGUGUGGUCAUGCAGAAGAAGGAAAGGUGUGUGCUAUGCAUGGGAGAUGUCCCUGGUUUCAUCAUGACCACCUCUCUGUCCUUGCUAUGUGAAAAAGAAAACUUGUAGUAGAUAGCUAAAAGCUUCUAGAUACAACUGCCAUCCUUCCUGAUUGUUAGCCAUGCUGGCUGGGCCCCCGGCAGCAUCUGGAAGGCUAUAGAUUCCCCAUUCCUUGUGCUAGGGCUUUCAAACUAGUAUUAGUAUAGGUUUCCUUGGUCAGUUGCAACAGUCAUCAAGACUAGCCAUUGUGAGUUCCCUCACUUGGUAUACUGGUGCUUGGCUCUGCCUCCUUGCUGGUCUUAUACUCUCCCUCCUUCACAAUCCCAAAGUACCGUAUUUAUGCAAAUGUAAUGCACCAUCGGAUCGAAUGCACACCUCAGUUUUCAAAACCUUGAAACCAAAAAAGUAUUUGCUGGCGAAUGUAAAUGUGCCAUCAAAUCUAAUACGCACCCUAAUUUCCCCGACGUAAUUAGGCCAAAGAAGGUGUGCAUGACAUUCGAGUAAAUACAGUAGUUGGAGAACACAUAUUGUUCCUUGAAACUGCCAUCAAGCUUCAUUGUUUUCUAGACUGGCUGACACCCGUGGUUGAAGGCAACAGCAGAGUCUGGCAACUAACUGCCUGACAACUAUUGUGUCACUUGCAGUGCACAGUCUGGGACAAAUAUCACAUUCACCCAACAUGCAAGAUGGGCCCUAGCUUGUGCAUUCAUAUUUGGGGCAUUUUGAGUAGGAGAGAAUAAGGGUGUCUUUUUAAAAUUAUCAACUCAGCCUUAUUUUUCUCUACCUCUUCUUUGAGGGGCUCACCAAUUUUUCUGUUGUAGGUACAAAGCAGAUGUUAUCAAGUCUCCAAGUCUCUCCUUUGACUGGAAAUCAAAUCCAGGUACAAGCUUCACAUUUGCACCCCAGCUUUCUUUUAGGGACACCAUGUGGUGUAUGUUGUGAAAUCUCAUUUUCUUCCUUUUAUUAUUAUUUUUUUCAUUUUUAUUUACUUGUUGGUAAACAGGUCCCCAUAUUCACUUUCAUUUUCUCUUAAUUCUCCUUAGCCAUCAAAGCCGUCCUAAAUAUGGCUUGUUCUAGUGUGUGCCUUUUUUUUUGUCUCCUCACACAAAGCACAUAGACAGCCUCUCAAAGCUCUUACUGAGACAGUCCAGCAGUUGCUUUUCCUGUGAGAUGAAAGCUUCCCUGUACAGGGGGUAAUGACUUGAGUGAGACCAGUUUAGAAGUUUUAACUGGCUUGGUCUGAUAGCAACAAUGAAGGAUUGUUUUUCCUUGCAUACAGAAAUAGCCAAUGUGAUAAGCACCAAGAUUUCUACUUCUACUGCAUUCUUUCUCUUGACACUUUCCAACAUCAGUGCCCCUGCAAUGUCCCUGUAAUGGUUUAUUUGGCAAUAUGCUCUAGUACUGUGGCCUUCAACUGGUCCACCUCUGACCCUGAACCAUGGGGCCCACUUUCAUAUAUUUACUUUUGAUUUAUACUUAAUACAGUGUUACCUUAACAUUACUACUAAAUGAAAGCCAGUGAUUUCUACACUUGUUCUUAGCCCAAAAGCUGAGAAGCUGUUGAAAACCAGUUGGGGUUUUUUUGUUUCUUUAAAAAAGACUCACAAUUUCAGUGGGACACCUGAGUGUUGUUCUAGAUUUCAUUAUAUUGAAAGGUGAUAUUAGAAAGGCUUACAACUCAUUUUGUGCCACUAAACUGUUUUGAGGGUCACAAUUGCUGAGAAGCCUGCUCAUAAAGUUAGGUGGUACCAAAUGGCAGGGAUGACUGCUUCACUUGCCAAUUCUGGUGUUUUUUUUACUAACUGAAAUCCAAUUUAACUUUUAAGUUUGUAUCCCAAGACAGCUCAUGGAAGUGUUUCUGCAGCUCAGAUCUUAAUUUCAGUGUGUCCACAGUGAACAAUAUUUAUACUCAUGGUACACCCUCACACAAAUUGCUUUUUAGCUUGUGUUCUAGUGAGCUUAUAAGGGAAAGACAAUGUGGGGAGCUCUGUGUAUGUAUGUUUGCAUGUGGUGGGGUAGAUUUUUUUCUGUUUCUGUUGUGCUGAAGACACUUCUGCGUUCCUAGCCCCCAGCAUUCUUCCAUUCUGAACAAAGUCUAGAAAACGAUAGAAACAGACUGGAAAGUGAAAUAGUUUCCUUGCUCCACAGAGCGCUUCCACACCUCAGGCACAGCUAUAGGAAAGUAGGGCAUAUAGCUGGCCAGAAAUACCUUUCUUACUGAAAAAGCCUCUUGCCUUUCUUCUGCCACUUUGCACUACUCAUGAAAAUUGAUAAAAUGAGUGUCGCAUCAGAAGACCACACACAAUCCCAACCCACAAGUUGAAGACCUAGGUUCUGAUGGAUGUAUCAAGGGGCUGGGAGCCAGGCGACUGUGCUGUUUCUCUAGCUCUGCUGUCAGAUAAUGUGGGGCCUGACCUUUACAAUGAUCUUCUAAAGUGACCAUCCUCUAGCCCUGUGGCCGCUUGUCUUUUUACAGACAGGUAAGGCCUUUCGUUUCCAGCGAGUGUUUUUAGGCGCUCUCUAGAAGUAGGUUUUUACUACCCAUGUGUUCCAUCUGGUUUGAACCAUCCCGUAAAGUUGCUUUACUGUAAUUUGGUGAUUUUUAAAAUUUGAUAAUUUAAAAUUUUUGCUAGAGUGCCUUGAACGGGUUUACAUAGAAUGCCAGGAUAAAACUAUUGUGAGCACAUAAAUAACACAUCUAGCUUGCUCUCUUUGAUGCUUGUGGUUUCGUUAUGAGCUCACUAUGGUUGCAAUGUGGUCUCCAUGAAAGGUAUUGAGCACACAGCCGAGCCAAGUCAGCCACAUUUUCAGAUGCCAUCUGGGUCAACAACGUGGGAAUACUGGAAUGACUGCUUUGUAGGAGCUGGCUAUUCUCAUUUGACAACCAUGUUGACCUUUUCUAGAAGCCCUGAAGAGCUACCUGCUACAAGUGAUGUCCCUGGAAUAUGAAGAGAAGCCAGACUAUGAAGAGCUACGCACUGUCCUGAGGAGGCCUCUUGAGCUGAUGAGAACAUCUGCCUAUGACUCAGUGGAUCUCAAGGUGGUACCCUAGGUAAUGUGCUAAUACUGGUUGCAUUCUCUUCAGCUUUCACCUCUCUGAGAAAACAUAGGUCGCAACUAGACAUGGCAGCGGCAAACCUGUGUGUUGGGUACAAACACCUUGUUUUGUGGUCUGGGUGUUCUACAAAAUGUUUAGAGUUGGUCCUUUGCUACAGAGAUGCAACCCUGACAGUUUUUAGAUGAAAAGCUAGUUCUGCAAGUUAAUAUAUCGAUUAUUAUCUUUUCCCUACCAAUGUCCACAGAUGAUUUUUCCAUUGAAGUAGCUAUAGAGAGUGUGCUAUCUUAAUGCUCUGUAGCAGAUGUCUUUGUUGUCGUGCUAAGUUGUGAACUGGCUUUAGGCAAAGGUUGUACUCUAGAUGACUGUAUCUGAUAACAGAUACAAACCCUUGUCACCUGGUAGCUUGGUACUGUGGGUUGAACCACAGAGCCUAGGACUUGCCAAUCAGAAGGUCGGCGGUUCGAAUCCCCACGACGGGGUGAGCUCCUGUUGCUUGGUUCCUUCUCCUGCCAACCUAGCAGUUCGAAAGCACGUCAAAGUGCAAGUAGAUAAAUAGGUACCGCUCCAGCAGGAAGGUAAACGGUGUUUCCGUACACUGCUCUGGUUUGCCAGAAGCGGCUUAGUCAUGCUGGCCACAUGUACGCCAGCUCCCUUGGCCAAUAAAGCGAGAUGAGCGCCGCAACCCCAGAGUCGGCCACGUCUGGACCUAAUGGUCAGGGGUCCCUUUACCUUUACCUUUAGCUUGUAUUUAGGCUUUAUUUAGGCUUCCAGUAACAUAGGAGGUAAACACUGAAGUAACAAAUUGUAGCAUAGCAAGAGUAACAAGUCCUGUUGUGCUUUGCAGAUCUGGGAAACAGAGAGAAGAUGGUAGAGAGAGUCAACCCCACUGGAAUAUCCUGGAACAGCUGGGAGCACAGUUUCCCUUAUUUUUUCACACCUGACUUUUAG